AUAUAAUCCGAAUCCAUGACAGAUUUUGUCAAAAAACGGGCAAUACCCGAUAAUAGGUGUCGUUGAUUUUACGUCAUUCUUGACCUCAAACGACAAUUCCACAACACGUUCGUGGGCCAUUCGUUACAUCAAAACCCCUAAUCCUUGCAACUUUGCUCCAUUAUUUCUUCCAUUUCUCUAUAGGUUUGAUCUCAAACCUAUCGCCGGCGACCACCGUCUUCUCCCUGGAUUCAACCCAUCCGCCAUAUUCCGCCGUCAGGUUAUACGUUAUUAUCUGAAAAGAGCUUAGAAGAUCUUUCCUGGCUUAAGUUAUGGCGUCAAAACGCAUACUGAAGGAGCUCAAGGAUUUACAGAAGGACCCACCAACAUCAUGCAGCGCUGGUCCUGUUGCAGAAGAUAUGUUCCAUUGGCAAGCAACAAUUAUGGGGCCAACUGAUAGUCCCUAUGCUGGAGGUGUUUUCCUGGUUUCGAUUCACUUCCCUCCUGAUUACCCUUUUAAACCUCCUAAGGUUGCUUUCCGGACUAAGGUCUUCCACCCUAACAUCAAUAGCAAUGGAAGUAUCUGCCUUGAUAUUCUUAAAGAGCAGUGGAGUCCAGCCUUGACCAUAUCCAAGGUCCUCUUGUCCAUCUGUUCCCUGUUGACUGAUCCAAACCCGGAUGAUCCGCUUGUGCCAGAAAUUGCUCACAUGUACAAGACUGACCGGGCCAAAUACGAGACCACGGCUCGGAGCUGGACUCAGAAGUAUGCUAUGGGGUGAUGAUGAAUGACAAAAAUGUUUUCUCCCCAAAUUCCUGUAACUUAAGUGUGCGCUUUUUGUGGCCUAUCUUUGCCGUCUUCGUUGGCUUUUGAUAUAAUUAUAAUAAGUUGUACCUUUGAAUCUUUGAUUUCAGGCGGCAGUCAUAAUGGCUCUUUUUAAUUUGUGAAUACUAAUUUAGACAUAUUUAUGCUACUAUGGAAAACUACUACGGAGUACAAUGUAUUGUACUAUGGUUUGUAAUCUUGGGUUUAUUAAUGAUUAAAUUCCAUGUUUUGACAAUCGAGCAUGACUCAUCUUUUCAUUUUAAUUUGUGGAAAUAUCCCGUAGAGUCUACUUUAUUUUAUUGUAUUUCAUUUAUGUCUCCUAAGUCCUAAUUAUUUGCUUUUCAUUUAUAAACUUUCCCCUUUUCACUCUCAACUUAUUUAUUUCAAAAACCAUCUCAAGCCCAAUUCAAAAUUCAAAGCUGCGAGAGUAAUCCAUGUCGAUUGUUGGCUCUGCCCUUCCUCCAUCUUCACGACUUCACAGUGUCCGACCUUCGCGCCUCCGGCCUUCUCACCUCCGUCCUUCACGCCUCCAGCCUCCGGCCUUUGCUGCUCAGUGCAUUUGAUGCUUUGACGUCCAUCCUAAGCGCUUCCGGGUUUCGCGGUUUCGCGCCUCUAGCAUCUGCACUUCCGCAUCUCUGGCCUCCGGCCUUGUUGCUUGGCUUUUCCACUGCUCUCUAGGUUGUUGUUUUGACUGUCCCUCUAAUUUAGAGGUUUGUGUCUGAGAUUUUCAUUAUUGUACUUUCACUUUGAUUUUUGUUAUUAUUCACACAAUUAUCCUUUAUUUUUGGUCUCUUAUUUAGCCUUAGUUUACUUUCUACUUAAUUAUUGUUACAAUUUACUUUCAAUUUUUAGUUGAGACUUUCCAACUCAUACUACUAUUUACUUUUUGGCUCUUGUGUUUUCUGUAUAGUGAAGUGAUUGGUGUUUUAGUAUGCAUAUAUACAUUUGUGAAGAAAGCAUGCUGAAUUGAAAUUGGACUUAUUGAUGUGUUAUCAGGAUGAAUUACAUUGUGCAUUCACUUAAACAUACAUUUUCACAGUAGUGUGGCUUUGGAAGAGGAAUGGACACUCUAGUUUAUUGUAGGAGUUUAUGGAUUACAUUGUAUGGACACCAUAGCUGACAGUGAUUUUAUGGAUGGUGUUUGUUAUUCUACAAACUCAUGGUUGCCUGCCAGAUCCAUUGUUUUGGAGUGUCUUGCUUCAAGAAAGGAUGUCGAUCCUAGUGGAGAAAUUAUGGUUUUAAAUAUAUUUUUCCCAUGGGAGCUUCACUUGUUUGAGCUUGAUCGAGGAGGAGUUGAGGAUUAAUACACCAACCAAUAUGUUCUUUAUGAGGAUGUAGUGAAGGCUGGAGAGUACAUGCAGUGGCUGUCUCUCCAGACAGAUUUGAGAGCCGCAGGCCAUUACCGUCACAGUGGAGAGUUCUUAGAGAUGCUAAGCUUUCAAAGGAGGCAGGGGUUCCUGGUUGUG